GUUACCAUGGCGAUGACGUCUUCCGUUUUCCGGUGAGGCGACAGGGCGUCCCAUUCCUGACGAUCGUAUUUAUACCCUCCCCCUUCAAUAAUAGGUGCCCUCCACAGCUGCGAGUGUGACUUCUUUUGGAGUGACACUCGGUAGUGGAGGGGGAGUGUGUAGGGGGCGGUUUGGGAUUCAGCCUAAAUGACAAAGUUAAUGGAAGAAUUUUAACUCCAGGAUUAAAAAACUGGCCAUAAAAAGGAUUUGUAGGAAGGCAUUUCCAGACAGUGCCAGAGUACGCAGCCUUCUUGGAGUCCCGGGCUGAUGUUCUGGAAAGGGUGUUGCCAGAGGACUCCAUAGUUCUUCUAGGUGACUUCAACGCUGGGCAAUGAUAGAAAAACAUGAUUGGGAGGAGCGACCUGCUCAAUCUGACCGUUAUGGAAACAUCAUGCGUGUUGAAACUUCUGGAGCUUCAUGGGCAACAGCUCAGCAGGACGGGCCAAGCGAGUCAGGUGUGAGAGCAUCACACAAGAUGGCACAGACCGAUUCUGACAGAAUGGAGAAAUACAGAUCAAAAAUCAAUGCAGUGGGAAGAAAGAAAGGUGUUGACCCAGCUCUCAUUGCUGCCAUCAUCUCCAGAGAGUCCAGGGCUGGAAAUGCGCUUCACAACGGCUGGGGAGAUCAUGGCAACGCCUGGGGACUGAUGCAGGUUGACGUCAAUCCAAAUGGAGGUGGACACACCGCUCGAGGUGCCUGGGACAGUGAGGAACAUCUCUCCCAAGCCACCGGCAUCCUGACUGAUUUUAUUGGUCUGAUCCAAAAAAAGUUUCCCAGCUGGACCAGUGAGCAGCAGCUGAAAGGGGGGAUAGCAGCCUACAACAUGGGGGAUAGAAACGUCCACUCCUAUGAGAACGUGGAUGGGGCCACAACAGGAGGAGACUACUCCAAUGAUGUUGUUGCCAGAGCUCAGUGGUACAAAACUUAUGGUGGCUUUUAACAGCUGAAACUGCCAGACAUGUCUGAGAAGUCAUGAAAGAAAUGUCUAUAUAAUGUGUCGACCUGAAUAAACAUAAUGCAACUCAAA